UUCGAUCCGAUCAUUCUCCAAAAACGGUUGUUAAUGUGAACUUGAUAAUGUGUUUGUGUGUGAUUUUAAAAUGAUUUUGUUGUAUUUCGUUUUUUCUUGUUUUUACAAUUUUGUGUUUGGAGUUAAUUAUUUUGGACCACAACCUAGAAUAGUGACUCAGGAUGGGCACUUAAUAUUUUACGCCGCAGUUCACAAAAAUAUUAGUUUGCAAACCCAAGGACGAGGAAAAAUACAUGUUAAUGGAAUUGACUUAUCACAGGCAGCUAAAUUAACCAAUAGCGCAUUCGAUGCCAUGAAAAAAUACCAAACAAAUUUCGAAAACACUUUCGAAAAAAUCUCCAAAUUUGAGCAGCUUCUGGACGAUGGUUUGAUGCAAAAAAUCACGACAUUGAAUGGGAGAACAAACGGAACAACACAAGAGGGAGUAAACAGUGCUUCUUUGGUGAGAAGCGUUCGAAGACUAAACCGAAGAGUCAAUGCUUUGCAAAAAUCUGUAAAAAUGUUGGCUGACCUUUUAGAAGAUGAUGAUUGUCAGAGUGAUCCGUGCAAAAACGGUGGAACGUGUGAAGAUUUAUUCAAUACUUUUCUGUGCCAUUGUCCACCUGAGUGGGAGGGCCCUGUAUGUGACAAAGAUGUGAACGAAUGUGCCAGAUUUGCAGGAACGGAUUUAGGGUGUCAAAAUGGGGCCACUUGUGUUAACAGGCCCGGCUCAUACGAGUGUUUGUGUUCGCGUGGUUGGGUUGGCCUUCACUGCAGAAACCGAAAUGUUGAUUGUCGCCAAGGUUCGAAUUUCGAGCUUUGUGGACACGGCACGUGUAUCACCCAAUACAACGAUGUUGGAUAUAAAUGCAUUUGUGACGAGGGAUGGACAACAGAUGGCAAAACUCCAGCUUGUAAUACAGAUGUUAACGAAUGCACAGGAACUAAACCACACUGUUCAGUUAAUCCACCUGUGCAGUGUAUUAACUUACCCGGAACUUACCGCUGUGGUAGCUGUCCAGCUGGGUACACUGGUGAUGGAUACUAUUGCACAGACAUUGACGAGUGCAGUACAUCAAACGGUGGAUGUAGCACUAAUCCCAUGGUGCAGUGUAUUAAUACACUUGGAUCAAGAUUUUGCGGUAGUUGUCCUAGUGGAUAUGUAGGAGACGGAAUCACAUGUUCAUAUCAAGGUGUUUGUAAUGUAAAUAAUGGCGGUUGUCAUCCUUUGGCCACUUGUAGAAAUAAUCCAAGAAUUGGUUCCACUUUCGUUGAAUGUAUUUGUCCCAGUGACUACACAGGUAACGGGAUAGGACGCAAUGGUUGUGUGCGUUCAUUGCCUUCAGCCCCAGGUCCUUGCACCCCAAAUCCUUGCAGACGUGGCUUUUGCAGAGUUACCAACGGAACCGAUUACACGUGCCAUUGCAACAGGCGAUACGCCGGGAAAAAUUGUGAAAAGUUUCGCGAUUUGUGUACUUCUAACCCUUGCCAAAACGGCGCAACUUGCACUUCGUUCUUGGGCAUUUCUUACCAGUGUUUGUGUCCAUCAGCUUAUACAGGAUUGCGUUGCGAAACGGAAAAACAAUCUUGUGGUGGUCGUCUUGUGGGAGAAACCGGAACUUUGGUUUUUCCUUCUGGUUCGUCACAAACAUAUAGCAGUGCGAUGAGUUGUGCCUGGAUUUUGGAAACUAAUGUUACUAAAGUGUUAAAUAUCACUUUUAAACGUUUCGAUGUUGAAGGAUCACGCGGGUGUCGUUAUGAUUGGCUACAGAUACAUGAUGGGAAAAAUACAUUGGCACGGUCUUUAGGUCGUUUUUGUGGGCAUCAGUUACCGAAUGGUGGAAAUAUUGUAUCGACUCAUAAUACUGUUUAUUUGUGGUUUAGAUCGGAUCAUUCGGUUGCAUCAGAAGGAUUUGAGUUGAACUGGACAUCGAUUGUACCCUUUUGUGGAGAUCAACUGAAAAGUGUAACAUCGCAUGGAAUAAUCCAAUCACCUGGAUCACCUGGAAAUUACCCAAAUAAUCGUGACUGCUAUUGGCCACUUCAAGCCCAACCAGGAAAACGCCUCCUCUUCCACUUUUUCACUCUAAUGAUUGGAAACAACUCAGCCUGUGAUCACGAUUAUUUAGAAUUUAUUACAGGAACUGAGCCUACAGAUCCAGUUUUCGCCAAAUUUUGUAAUACUACACACCCCUCUCCACUUUUUUCUCCAUCAGGCGAAGUUUUGGUCCAUUUCCACUCCGAUAUGGAUAAAAAUUACCCAGGUUUUCAAAUAACCUAUUCAGUGGUCGAAGGAAUGCCAGGAUGUGGUGGUGUUUAUACGAGAUCUCAAGACGAAAUUCGUUCUCCGAUGUAUAACGGAAAUUAUCCAAACGAUAUUCAGUGUGAAUAUAAAAUCCAGCUGACGACGAAAAGUCGAAUAAAAUUGACUUUUCUGUCGUUUGAUGUUGAGGAUUCGGAAAACUGUCAAUUCGAUUAUGUUGCAAUUUAUGCUGGUACCACAGUAGAUGCUCCUCUUAUUGGAAAAUAUUGUGGCCAAACCGUUCCUUCACCAUACAUCACCGAAAAAAGCGAAAUUUUAAUAGUGUUUAAGACUGAUUGGGCCACUGCUGGUGAAGGCUUCGCUCUUCGAUACGAAACAGUUUGUGGAGGCACAUUUACAACACCUUCAGGUGUUAUUCAAUCUCCAGGUUAUCCCAAAAACUACGACCAUAAUCUAGAAUGUAUCUUCGAAAUUGUCCAACCCCUUGGAAAUAUUAUUAAAUUAAACAUUGUUGAUUUGGAUUUGGAGAGUAAUACUUAUCCAGAUUGCGUUUACGAUUUUUUGGAGGUAAGGGAUGGACAUAACAGCAAUUAUACUUUAAUUGGGACUUAUUGUGCAAACAAAGUGCCUUUGAUUGUUUCAUCGUACAAUUACUUAUGGAUCAAAUUUCAAUCCGAUACCAAUAACAAUGGUAAAGGCUUUAGGGCAAAUUAUACAACCACUAAUAUAGGUUGUGGAGGCAUAAUGAAAGAAAAAUCAGGAACCUUUUCAACCCCAAAGUAUCCCCAAGUCUACCCUUCUGGAACAAUUUGCAAAUGGAUAAUUUCAGCACCACCUGGGAACGUGAUUCAAGUAACUUGGAUGAAUUUUCAGAUCGAAGGCAGUUUUGAUUGCACUUACGAUGCUGUGGAAAUUUUUGAUAAUAAUACAGAGACUGGAGAAGGAACAUCAAUUGGAAAAUUCUGUGGACAACACGUACCUCCAGCAAUGUUAAGCACUUCAAAUCUAAUCACAGUCAUUUUUCAUUCGGAUCAAACUAAUAACAUGAAUGGUUUUGUGGCUUCCUAUAGCACUCUACUAGAAUCGACAGUAUGUGGUGGAAAUUACUACUCAAAUGCUGGUGUAAUUAAAUCUCCCGGAUACCCCAACAAUUACCCCCUCAAUAUCGAAUGCACUUGGACAAUUCAAGUUAAGCCGGGUCAUCAAAUUUUGCUAAAUGUGACUGAUUUUCAACUCGAACACUACACGACGUGUCGAUACGAUUGGUUGGAAAUUCGCAAUGGAGGAAGCUCAAUGUCUCCACUCUUGGGUAGAUUUUGUAACACUGAUAUUCCGAAAAUGAUUCCAUCACACGCUAAUAAACUCUUUAUCCGGUUUAAAUCAGAUAUGUCAAAAUCGGAAAAAGGUUUCAAAAUUACGUGGGAAGCUACAGCCACUGGAUGUGGUGGGGUUUUAAAUAGCCCAACUGGAUCCAUAAUAUCACCAAAUUAUCCAGAACCCUACAAUUUGAAUGCUGAAUGUAUUUGGAAAAUUUCGAUAAGUGCUGGAUCACUGAUUCAGUUGGUUUUCUCCGAUUUGGAUCUUGAGGAACAUAGCGAAUGCGCACUGGAUUAUGUUGAGAUUUUGGAUGGACCAUCUUUGAACUCCAAAUCUUUGGGCAGAUUCUGUUUGCACCACCCUUCAUUCCUCCGAUCGUCAGGAAACACCUUAACUGUAAUUUUCCGAUCUGAUCUCAGUCGAAAUGGACGAGGAUUCCACUUACAAUACAUCACCAUGUGCAACAACACCUUGAAGGGUUUCAGAGGCGUGAUCGAAAGCCCAAACUUUCCAAAUAAUUACCCGAAUUCAGUAAAUUGCAACUGGGAGAUAAAAGUCGCCGAUAAAAACAAAAUAAACAUCUCGUUUUCACACUUUGACUUGGAAAAAGUUUUGGUGCAAAAUGUACCAAGCAAUAACUCUGAUUCAGACAAGUGUCUUUUUGACUACGUGGAGGUUUUAUACGUCGAACCCGUUGAAGAAUACGAAGAAGAAGGGCCGUUUCAAAAAUAUGGAAUUUAUUGUGGGGAUAAAAUCCCACCUUUGAUUACGUUGAAUUCAGAUCAUGCUAAAAUUCGCUUCCUCUCCGAUAAUCUUCUUUUUGGAAAUGGGUUUAGAUUAGAGUGGCAAUUGGAGGGUUGUGGAGAUAUUUUAACACACCCUAAUGGCACUAUUUUCUCCCCUAAUUAUCCCAGAUCGUAUCCCCCUUCGAUUGAAUGCAACUGGAAAAUCCAGGUUGAUUUUGGCAGCAAUGUUGAAAUUACUUUUCAUAAAAUUGAAAUUGAAAAAACUUACAUUUGUCAUUUGGAUUAUAUUAAAUUGUACAAUGGUGAAGAUGAAACGUAUCCCGAAAUUGCGACGCUUUGUCACCAGAAUAAACCGAUCACGUUGAGGAGUUCUGGAAAUUUUUUGUUUGUUAAGUUUAAGGCGGAUUCAUCGGUUCAGGGAAUGGGAUUCUAUGCCAAUUACACUAGCACACCUACAAAAUGUGGUGGGAAAUACACCGCAGACAGUGCCUUCAUCAUGUCGCCAAAUUACCCAGAAAACUACAACAAAAACUCAACUUGUGGCUACGAAAUUCAAGUUGGAGAAGGUUUCCGAAUCGAACUAAAAUUCCAAGACUUUGACCUCUACGCCCCCAACAGACUCAACUGUACUUCAAAUAACAUCAGUUACGUGAAAAUUUACGAUGGUCCAACCAUCGACUUCCCCCUCUUAGCCAAAAUUUGCAAUAAAAACGCUCCCAACAAAACCAUCCUAACCACAACUAACCAAAUGUACAUCGAAAUGGUGUCACAGACAGACAUGGCAUCAAAAGGCUUUCUAGCCAAGUAUGAGAAAGCUUGUGGUGCUCGAAUUGUGACGAGUGGAACAGGGCAUAUUCGAAUUUUUUCGCACGAUUUGGACUACGAUGAGAGUAAUUGCACGUGGACUAUAAUUGCGAAAGAUUUGACUAAACACAUUACGUUAACUGUCUCACAUCUGGAUUCGUUGAAUGGCUACUGCGACGAAAAUAUUAAAAUUUUGAAGGUUUACAAUGGGGAGAGUUCGGAAGCGCCUCUUUUGGGCGAAUAUUGUCAGAAAAUUCCUCCAACUUUGACAAGUGAUGGUUCUGCAAUGCAUGUUGUUGUUGACUCCAACACUGUUCUUUAUGCUACUUAUUCAGUGUUCGAUUCGGUGUGUGGAGGGACUCUAACAUCAGUUGCUGGGUACUUUGCUUCUCCUGGUUACCCCAAAAAGUACCCAGUUGACACCGAAUGCGAAUGGACGAUUGAUGUAACAGAAGGUAAUCACGUUUCGCUCAGUUUUAGCUACUUUGGAUUGGUGGAAUCAGACCACUGCAAUACCGACUAUUUGGAGAUACGACAAAAUAAUGGCACUGGUAAACUUUUGGGGACGUUUUGUGGUAGUGAUCUUCCUACAAAUAUCACGAACGAAGGCAAUUUGUGUAUUUUUUUGAAAACAAGUCGUUCCGAUGGUCAAGUCAAGGGUUUUUACGCCGAAUACGUCUUAAACCACGAGAACGAACUAAGUGGGCCAAGAGGUCGCAUAGUCUCGCCCCUCUACUACCAAAACUACCCCUUUUAUGGUGACUUCUCCUGGACGAUUACUGUGGCGUUUGGCAAACGCAUAUUACUAACCUUCAAAGAUAUUCUACUGGAAAACGGAGACAGCAUGUGUUUCUCAUCGAUUUACAUUUAUGACGGUUCAACUGAUGAGGCACCAAGUCUUGGUGAAUUUUGUGGCUCCACUCUUCCUGACGCGAUCAAAACUAGCUCUAAUAUUGUUUUGAUUAAAUUCAGUGGUUAUAGCACGUCCAGAUCUUUGACGAAAUUUAUUAUUGAAUGGUUGGAGAUUGAAUCGGUUGUUAACACUAACAAACCAUCACCGAAACCAAAUGGGUGUGGUACCAAAGAACCAAUCGCUUUAAACGAAUUGAAGAAUUAUACAACAAUCACAUCUCCAGGUUUUCCAAACGGUUAUGCACCAAAUCUUCAAUGCGAAUGGAUUUUGACCACAAUUCCAAUGAAUAGUUUGAGGAUUUAUUUCAGGGAAAUGGAUCUACAACCAACUUAUGGUGGUUGUUAUGCCGAUUACGUUGAAAUUUUUGAAAAAAGGCUUGAUAAAGAUUGGACUUCGGUGCUUAAAACAUGUCUAAGCAAUAUUACUUCUAAUCCGGGCAUUUAUACAACAAAUAUGAUGAAAGUUGUUUUUAAGUCAGAUCGUUAUGGGAACAAAACUGGCUUUUCAGCACUUGUCAGAGAGAGUUGUGGAGGUACUUUGACGGCUCCGACUGAUUAUAUAAUUUACAACAAUAAUUCAAGGAGUAGUUAUUUAAGAACAUACAAUAGCGUGUGUCAAUGGAACAUCACUGUACGUAGCGGUAGGACCAUAGAAUUGGAAUUCUUAUACUUCAACAUCCACCAUGAUACCAACAAAGGUUGCGACAACUACCUUAUUAUUCGAAAUGGAAAAUUCCCAGACUCUCCAAUCCUCGGCACUGGUAAAUAUUGUGGUGACCAAAAACCCCCAACACUCAAAACUACCGGAAACAACGCUUAUAUCAAAUUCGGAGGGAUUACGAGUUUAUCGAAUUUUAUUAUACGCUACCGCGAAAUAUCGUACGCUUGCGACAGUGAAAUAAAACUAACAAAAUUCGCCAACUCAACAGAGAUACAUUCCCCCAAUUACCCAAACAUACCUCCACCCCAUGUUGAGUGUAACUGGCGCAUAAUGGCACCUCCUGGUGAAACACUUCGAAUUGAUUUCAUCGACAGAUUUGAUCUAAAAGUCGCCAAAAAUUGCACACAUGAAUAUGUGGAAGUUCGCGACGGUGGAACGAAAUACUCGAAAAUAAUUGGAAAAUAUUGCGAAAAACCCAACUCACAGUUUAGUACCGACAAUAUGAUGUUCGUGAGGUUUUUCACCGAAUUGAAUGAUCCAAGUAAUGGUUUUAAAGCAAGAAUUGUUUUGGCAAACUGUGGAGGAAGUAUCCAUUCUACUACUGGUCAGAUCCAGUCUCCGUUUUUCAACAUUCCUUCGAAAUAUCCAGUUGGAGUUAACUGUACUUGGCAUUUAAUUUCACCACAGAAUCACAAUAUGGAUAUUACAUUUGAGAAAAUUGACUUGGAGGAAGCUUUGAAUUGUACGGGUGUUGACCAUGUCAAAAUCUACGAAAGGAAUGAGUUUGACAAUAAAGAGUACGUUUUGGGCAACUUUUGUGGUAAAAAGCUCCCCGCAAUGGUCCAAUCCUCUGGAAGUGAAGCAAUAGUUCACUUUGAAACUGGUAAAAUAAAAAAAGAAUUGGGUGGUUUUUCAUUGAAAUUCAACGCAAGUGCUGAAGUCUGUGGAGGUAGCAUCGAAGCUUCAGAAGGUACCAUCAAAAGUCCAGGAUAUCCCAAUCCGCAUAAAAUCUAUCGCAGAUGUAGUUGGAACAUCAAAGUUCCCAAAGGUCGUCGAGUAACACUCAAAAUUGAAGAUUUUGGUUUAGAUAACCGAUUCAAAGGGUCAUGGAUUAAUGGAUUAGUAAUCUACCACGAUGAGAAAUUUAAGGGUUAUAUUAGAAAAAUUAGUGCAAGUAACGAAAUUGUAGAGUCUUCGGAGAACCACAUGCUUGUGUUUUACUGGUCUCCAGCGACUAUGGGUAGAGGAUUCAAGGCGAAAUUUACCUCUAACAACCCAUCUGUCUGUGACGGCGAUUUCAACCAAGACAGUGGAACAAUAACCCAACCAAACAUCGACUAUACGUACUCUUGUACAUACGUUCGCGACAAACCUUCCAAUGCUGGAACUUUAGCUUUAACACUUACCACAACAACAAAUACAACGAUUCCAUCAAAUGUAAAGAACUGUCUUACUUACAUUGCAGCUUUCAAAAUUGAAACAGUCAAUGGUAAAAAAGAACUGUUCUCUACUAAUUGUGUUCCGGGAACAUCAGUGGUCAGAAUCCCACAUUCAAAAAUACAAUUAAGUGUUGUGCAAUACUCUUCUCGAAAUCAAGUUAACUUCACUCUUUCCUAUAACACUUACCAAUGUGGAGGUAUUAUAACCCGACAAACCGGUGAAAUAACGAGUCCAGGUUAUCCGAACAAAAACUCCAAGUCGAUGGAGUGUAGCUGGCUUUUACAGUUACCUAAAGAACAAACGAUUUCACUAACUUUUGACUCUUUAAAUCUAGGAAGCAACUGUGAGAAGAGUUAUAUAGAUAUUUACAAUGGCGAUUCGCCCAAAAGUCCAAAAAUCGACAGGUAUUGUCAAAGUAACAAGCCUGGAACAAUUUCAUCACAAACUAACAAUUUAUGGAUCGAUUACAAAUUUGACAUCGAUUCAGACAGCAAAGGUUUUAGUCUCAAAUACGAACCUAAAAUUCAGGGUUGUGGUGGAAUCUUUCACGAUCGUGAGAGUAUUAUUCAAACUCCUUCGUUCCCUAAUGAUUAUCCAAACAACGCGGAAUGUUUGUGGGAGUUGAGGAGUGUUGAGGGAUUCCACAUUGGGCUUAUAUUCACGACACGGUUUCAAAUUGAGGAAACGGAUAAUUGUGAAAAUGAUUUUCUGGAAAUUUGGGAUUGGCGAGAUGAUGAUUGGGUUUCGUUGGGUCGAAAGUGUGGUCGGGAAUUUCCAAAAACUGUUAAUUCGACAAGCAAUAGAAUGAAAAUUUUAUUCAGGAGUAAUGAAAGAAUAACGGGGAAAGGGUUCCGGGCUCAGUGGCAGUGGAACUGUGGUGGCACUUUCACAGCUGACCGAAAAGAACGUUUCAUAGUUAGUCCCGGAUUUCCUCAAGAAUAUCAAAAGAACAUAGACUGCCAAUACAAUAUCACAUCCAAACAAUCACAUGGUCGUUUCAUAAAUAUUAAAUUUUACAAUUUCGACCUUGAAGGAAGUGGAUCUAAUUGCCGUUACGACAAUUUAACACUGUCACGAUUUUGGAUGAGGAAAGUUAAUUAUUAUCACAUGCCCGCAACUCAAGUUUUUUGCGGCCAAAAAUUACCACCUCCAAUUCGCCUCGGUGACACUCUUUACAUUCGAUUUCAGACUGAUCCUUGGGUGCAAAAAACCGGUUUCAAAUUUUCAUAUCAACUCGAUGACUGUGGAGGACAGAUAACUUCACCAACAGUUAUCUCAUCUCCUUUGACGAAAAUCGACAGAUCCAUGUUCCCACUCUACACUGGAUACAUGAGUUGUAUUUGGAAUAUCACAGCACCUCCAAAAAAGAGUAUAGUGAUCAGCUUCCAAAAAUUCCGUUUUGAGUACCGAAUUCGUUGUCACUUUGACCACGUCCAAAUUAUUGAAGGACCAGUUAACACCAUUGCGAAACGAAUCGCGAAUUUGUGUGGUGAUUUGAAUCAGAAUCUUCCAACUAUCAAGUCGGAAAAUAACACGGUUUUGGUGGUGAUGAAUGUUGAUCGGUCACAGAAUCAUGAAGGGUUUGAGGCUGAAGUUUAUUUUGUUGAUGGACCUGAAGCAGGAUGUGGAGGCAAAAUUGUGUUAAAUAAAACUAUGACUUUGCAAGCACCGAAUUUAGCCGAUAUGGACUGUUUAUGGACGAUUCAGUCACAAAUUGAUACGACUGUAAAAAUUCAUUUUGAUGAAUUGAAUUUACCGUCAAGGUGUGGCUUAACUAAUCACACCAUUACUAAUUGUAGCUGUGCAGCUCUUGAGGUGAGGGAUGGCCACCCUGGCGUUGGCGACUUAAUCGAAAGAUUUUGUGGCAUCACUGACACACAUUAUUCACGCGAAAUUACAACUUCGGGUAAUGUGAUGGGCCUACGACUUCGAACAAGAGGAUCCAACUCGAAAGCUUUCAAAGUAACAUUAACACCAAUCGCUUCGAUUUGUGGUCCAGUUUACUUAAACGUAACACAAGACGUUAAAACUCUACUUUCGCCCAAUUAUCCAAACAAAUAUCCAAGCGAUUUGAGAUGUAGCUGGAUCCUCAAAGGCACUUCACGAUUUGUUGUCCGUUUUAUUGAUUUUGACUUGAACAAAGAAAGGAACCAGCACGUUGUUAAUAAUGUUUGUGGUGAAGACAAACUGGAAAUUGUUGAUAAUAUGGUUAAUCUAUUGACAACCAGUGAUAUGGGUCCAUCUUUCACAGUUUCAGGUGACAGAAAAUUGACAACUGAUUUUUUGCGAUACGGUUAUUUGACCGGAACGCAUCAAUUUUGUGGUAGAUUUGAAAAUCCUUUCGAUUUCUAUUCACAAUUUUCCCAGUUAAUUAUAAAAUUCAAAUCGGGGAAUUUGGACAAGGAUCGAGGAAAAGGUUUCAAAAUUGAAUAUCACACAACUGGUUGCAACCGAAAUUUCACCUCUUUGCAAGGACGUAUUGUGCAGAAUGACCGCACUCAAAGCAAGUCUUGUAUCCAAAUUAUUACAGUGCCGAAGAACUACACAAUUUCGCUUUACUUCCAAGAACUUACAAUUUUUCACAGCGAAGGUUGCCAAAAUGCUGGAAUUGAAAUACGAGAUGAAAAUUCCCAAGGGACUUUAUUCCAAAAAGUUUGUGGUUAUUAUGUGCCAAAUCCUGUUUUUUCCACGAAAAAUCAGUUGUGGAUUCGUUCUUGGAACACGAACAGCUUUCCAAUAUCUUACGAUCUUGUUUAUACUGCGUCAGAUCAAGGCAGAGGGUGUGGGGGAAUUAUCUAUAACUAUAAAGGGACGUUUAGUAGUCCGCUUCAUCCAAUGGCUUAUAAAAAUAGCACUCCGUGUGUCUGGACCCUUCGGACGGCUAUUGGCAGAAGAAUUGCCAUCAAAUUUACUGUUUUUGAUAUACAAGGGGACUGUGCGGAGAAUUAUAUCAAAGUGACUACUUAUGAGAAAAACACUUCGAACGAUCACAAAUACUGCAAAAAUGACGAUCCGGCUGUUCUUUAUUCGAAUUCCCGUAUGUUAGUUACCUACCAGUCUUCGACAAAAAAUGAUGGUUCGGGAUGGAUCGCAAAAUUUGAAGCCGCCAGUAGUUGAUUCAGUAUAAUUAUUUGUAAACACUGUUAUAAUAUAAAAUAAAUCAAUUUAGAAAUA